UGAGCCUCUACUUUAGUCCAUCCUCUUUGGAGGAGAGCUUGUGGAUAGUGAACUGUGAUUUCUGAUUAUUGAAUUAAAAUAAAUAGGAAUGGUGGAUGCUUCGACGAAGAAGAGCCUGAGUGGAAUUCCUCUGCUGCAAACUAAAGCUGGCCCUCGGGACAAGGAGCAGUGGCCCAGGAGGCUGCAGGAGGAACUGACAUGUCUCAUUCAGUACACGAAGAACAAUAAAGCUUCCGACAGUCACUGGUUCCACUUGCAACCCAACGAGGGGGGAACCAAGUGGUUCGGAAAAUGUUGGUAUGUUCAUAAUCUGCUGAAGUACGAGUUCGAUGUGGAGUUUGAUAUUCCUGUAACGUAUCCUGUGACUGCACCCGAGCUGGCGUUACCAGAAUUAGAUGGGAAAACAGCUAAAAUGUACAGAGGAGGAAAAAUUUGUCUGAGUGAUCACUUCAAGCCCCUAUGGGCCCGUAACGUUCCAAAGUUUGGAAUCGCUCACGCAAUGGCCCUUGGGCUGGGACCCUGGCUGGCAGUGGAGAUCCCCGACCUCAUCGAAAAGGGAGUGGUCAAGCACAAGGAACAGUGCGAGGACAAAUAACAUCGGACAGAAUCGUUAACCAAAUCGGAUUCUAUCCUAAUUCUGCACUCUCCAUUCCCAUUUAUCUGCAUUCAGUAAUGUGGACCGACAAAUGUUUUAUGAUAUAAAAUACAACUUUAUUGAGUUGAAUAAAUUAUAUUUUACAUUUUA